AUGACCAGGUCCGAUAGUAGCGACUCGAAUGUUGGCGAAAUUGUCUUCACUCCUUCCGGCACUGAGUCGCCUCUUCCUCCUUCGAUAGGCACCUCCCACCGCCCUGAACGUAUUCAGAGCCCGCUACGUCUAUCCUCGUUACCCUCCAACGUCAGAGACGUGUUCCGUCCAGAUCGGCAAGAAGAGCGAAGUCGAGUUUCUUUCGAUGAAGAGCAGGAUUUGGAUCCAUCAGACGACGAGAUGGCCCUGAAGCCUUCGAUGCACCGCCCCUCCGGGCCACAGGCACAUGUACCCCUUCUGGGGGAAGAUAAAUCAUCUAGUCGAGGACGAGCGUCGAGUCCAAGGCUCUCUGGGUCGACCAGACCUGCAUUUGCGUCGCGAAGGAGUACCUUCCGGUCCGUAUCACCGACAUACGCUCAGCCCGAGGACGUGGUCCGCCGGAAAUACAUCUAUGCCUCUUUCUUCCUGAUUCUCUCUCUGGUCUCCUUCGUGGUGCAGACAGAGACGGCCGUGUAUAUCCAACACGAUCUAAAAUGGAACAAGGCCUACUGCAUGAUGUACUUGACGCAUGGUUCCUGGGUCUUUCUCUGGCCGGUCCAACUUCUGAUGUUACGUGUUCAAAAGCGGAAACUUUCCUGGCCCGCUUUCUGGCGUCGGCAUAAGUACCUGCUACGGUCUACUGCCCAGAUGAUCCAGUCCCGGGAGCUCUACCUGAGCCCUCCCGCCGCUGCCGUUUCUCCGUGGCCUUACAUGAUCAAGGCGACCGCCUUCAUUACUACUUUUCUCACCAUGGCCGGCGGCUCCUGGUAUGUGGCUGUCAACCUGACGUCCCCUUCCGACUUGACGGCGAUCUACAACUGUUCGGCCUUCUUCGCUUAUGUUUUUUCAAUCAUGCUCCUCAACGAUAAACUCCGCUUCGACAAAGCAUUUUCAGUGGGCCUAGCCAUUAUAGGUGUCCUGGUCGUCGCAUACGGUGACAACGAUGACUCGGAUUCAGGGACCACCGACCCCGGCGCGAAGAAGGGAUUCAGCACGAAACUUCUGGGCAAUAUAAUCAUUGGCAUCGGCUCUGUGGCAUACGGCUUUUAUGAGGUCCUCUACAAGCGCUUCGCGUGCCCACCGGAAGGCACCUCUCCAGGGCGAGGCAUGAUCUUUGCCAACACCUUCGGUAGCAUGGUCGGACUUUUCACCCUGACCGUUCUCUGGAUUCCCCUGCCGAUCCUCCAUAUUACGGGUCUAGAACGCUUCGAACUUCCCAGCGGCCGAGCCGCGAGCCUCCUUGCCAUUUCCACGCUCUCCAACGCUGUCUUCUCCGGGUCUUUCCUUGUUCUGAUGUCUCUGACUUCGCCUGUGCUCAGCUCUGUCGCCGCUCUUCUGACCAUUUUUCUGGUGGGAAUCAUCGACUGGCUAAUUACCGGGAAGCCACUCAGUCCAGCGGCGCUAGCAGGAGCUGCAUUGAUCAUUGUUGCAUUCUGCAUGCUGAGCUAUGCCACGUACCGGGAAAUGAAGGAAGAGCAGACCAAGAGAGAGGAAGACUCGGACAAGGUGUUUGAGGCCGACGACGACGAUAUCGAUCCGGAGGCCGAGGAUGAUGAGCUGGGCCGACCGAGGCGGAGAGCCAGCGAUGACUGA